UGCCGUCCUCUCACAUCACAUUACAUAGCUCUCCUCACCUCAAACCUCAUUAGACGCCUUUCGUGUUUUCCAUCAUCUUGCUAGUCCUUCCAGUCACCAUGGCGUCGCUCGCGUCGUCUACCUCCCUACCACGGGCUGCCAUUAGACCGCCACACCAAGCCGUCUCGGCCGGUCGACGCCCCUCGCCUUAUUGCUCCGCCGCGUCAUUCCCCGCCUCUCGCCUCUCCUCCGCCUCCGCUCUCUCCGCGCGGAUAUGCCUUCCGCCACUCCCCGCGCUCUCCCCCAAGCGACGCAGCACAGCCGUGCGAGCCGCAGCGGCGCCGGCGGCGGACGGCACGCUGACCCGCGUGGCGCAAGCCGUGUACAAGAGCGCGCUGCCGGCGGGAUUCGCCACGGGGCUCGGCCUCACGGAGCUGUCGGUUGUCCUUUUCCUCCGGGAGAGCAUGAUUGCGCUGGCCACUCUCGUCAUCGUCUACAGCGCGCCAAAGAUCUGCCGUGUGCUCAACCACGUGUGGGGGUCGUACGUGAUGCGCGACGAGGAGGUGACGGAGGAGGAGUUUCAGGACAGCAUGUUCGGCGCGCUCAUCCACCCGCUGCAGUUCGCACUCGUCGCCGCCUUCCUCUCGCGCCACGUGCAUCUGCUGGUGCCGGCGCUGCGCGCGCAGGCGGCGGCGGCGGCGGUGGGGAAGGUGAGGGGCGCGGCGGUGGUGGUGGCGGCGGCGUGGUUCGCGUCGGGGUGGAAGGACCGCAUCAUCAAGCUCGCCGCCGCCUCGCACCCGCAGGACAAGCCGGUGCUGGUGAACGUGAACGUGGUGCUGACGCUGCUGGUGCGCGUGGUGGCUGCCGUCACCAUCGCCGACAUGUUCGGAGUCAGCUUCAAGUCGCUCCUCGCCAUCGGAGGCAUCUCAGGGCUGGCCAUUGGGCUGGCGUCGGAGGCCAUAGUGUCCAACUUCUUCGGCGGGCUGGUGCUGUUCCUCACGCGGCCCUUCGUGGUGGGGGAGAAGAUCCGCGUGGCGGGGCUCAAGGGCAAGGUGCUGGAGAUCGGCUUCCUGCAGACCAAGCUGGAGGCGGACGACAACUCGCCCAUCCUCGUGCCCAACGCCCUCUUCAACAAGGCCACGAUUCUGAACAUCACGCGGGCGGGGUGCCGGCUGAUGGACGCGACCUUCGUGCUGCGCAACGAGGACGUGGUGCGCGUGCGCCCCAUCACGCGCGCACUCACGGCGUACGUGCAGGCGCACCCGCGUGUGGACCGCUCCAAGGGGCCCGCCAUGGCGUUCCUCAAGGCGCUCACGGGGUCGGGGCUGCAGAUCGGCGUCACCGCCUGCAUCAAAGACAUGAGCAAGGGCAAGUUCCUGCCGGUGCAGCAGGAGAUUCUGGAGAAGAGUGUUGAGAUCAUCGAGGGGGAGGGCGCCCUGCUGGGGGAGAGCGCACCCUUCGACCCCAACACCGCCAACGGCACCACCAGCUCCUCCUAUGUCGCGCGCAAGAACCUCUUGUGGCAGAGGCGGAAGCGCAGCGCAGAAUAGAUGGCAAGGCUGCGAGGAGGCACCGCCAUUGAUGGUAUUCACCUUUAUUUAUGAAGCAGCUGAGGUGGUGCAGUGAUCCAGAAUAAUAGCAUUUCAUACCACAUCAAGACCAGCUUGUUCUAGGCCAGCUAGGUAGUAGGUAGCUAAUUGAGCAGUGUAGUGCAAUUGUAGUGUUACCAGUAGUUUGCCUUGCCAAACAAAGCAGAGGGACGACA